AUGGCCAGACGUUCGGAGGCUAUAGAUACUCUUCAACAGCGUCUUCAGGCACUCGAGCCCGUGAUUCAAAAUAUUUGCAAAGUCGCCGGCACGCCAGGAAUCUCUUUUGCAGUAUCUCACAAUGGCCAGCCCAUUCAUCGCACGAGUUUCGGCUUCGGAGAUUUGGAGACAAAGAAGCCGAUCACUGGAAGCACGCAAUUUCCCAUCGGAACCAUGGCCAAGACGUUUACAGCUUCGGCAGUGGGUGCGCUCGUUGCUGAGGGCAGAUUGAAGUGGGAUACACCGAUCAAAAGCAUCAUCCCUGAAUUGCAGUCGACGAGUGUCACUGUAACUGAGAACCUUACUAUUGUCGACCUCCUGAGCCACCGCUCUGGACUAGGUCGCUCCAACCUCUGGUGGCAAGGAUCGGAUGCGACUUUGCUGCUCGAGAAGAAAGAUCUCCUUCCGUACUACAACAGCCUGCCUCUUACCGGCCAAUUUCGUGCCGACUGGGGCUACAGUAACUGGGGCUAUGCACUGGCUGGCGAGGUCAUUGAGCGUGUCAGUGGAAAGACCUAUGCACAGUAUCUCGAAGAGAAGGUGUAUAUGCCUCUGGGACUCAAUAAUACCACCGUUGAGCCUGUCAAUCCCUCUGAUGCCUUGGAUCUUGCCAGACCAUAUGCAGCCUUGGACGAUGCUUCACUCUAUCCCAUGCCGCAGCCACCAGUCAAUGGCAGUACCAUCAUGGCUCCAGCUCUGGGUGGUGUCAGCAGCGCUGACGACCUGAUGGCAUACAGCAUUGCCCUCCUGCAAGCCUUUCGUUGCGAGGCCGGUUUGCAGACAAACAACUCGUCUCUCGCAAUCAAGCACGGAAUGCAGCAACUGUCGGGCCACAUCUUCACGACCAAAGGACUGCUCGAGAAGUCGUACGCGUUUGGCUGGUACCGCACACAGCUUCCGAAUACCGUCCUCGGAAUGGGAUGGAACAGCAUCUAUGUGAAGAGGAUGCCCAAGAUUAUUCCCAGAACCCACGUUGGGCCGCUGAUAGCGCACGGCGGAAGUCUACCAGGGUACCAUGUUUCUAUCGCGCUACUGCCCGAGAUCAACAGCAGCGUUGUUGUCUGUACCAACUCAAUCGCGCUGGGUGACGUUUCUGGAUGGGUCAGCAUGGCACUCCUGGAGGCGCUCGUCGACACGCCGGAGCCAUCGGACUACCUGGCGUUAGCCACCGAGGCUGCGGGCAAUGCGGCAUUGAACGUGAAAAAGUUCGAGGAGAAGCUUGAAGCGACGAGGAAAGCCGGCACCGCGACGCGUUCCAGAGAGGAAUAUAUCGGCAGAUAUCGCGAUGAGAAGCGUGGGUGGAUCCUGGAUGUGAGAGCGCGAGAUACGGCACCAUCCGGGCUGGAAGUGGCGUUUCAGGGCCUCGACAGCCAGGCGUGGGCUCUGUCGCACUACGAACAUGAUACCUUCUCGUGGUUAGCUUCUCGCGAAGAGCAGGCGAAGAGGGGACGCAUGGUCACGUAUCCGCUUGUUGUAGACCAUUUCAAACUGCACUUUCAGAUGAGUGACGGCGAGAGUGGUAAGAUCGACCGGUUAUUGUGGAAGCACGAGGCGGGUGCACCGGUCGAACUGCAGUAUUUUAUGAAGGAAGGUUAG